UUUGUACAACACUCAUAGCCAGAGGAGCUGAGACAUCCGUCCCCCUGACAAGAAAGUCUGAUUCUUGCAGAAUGGAUUUGCAAGUAUCAAGUCCGACCUAUCUCUAUGAUGAUUAUGGUGGGUCAACACUCUGCCAAAAAACAAAUGUGAAACAAGUUGCAGCCCAGCUCCUGCCCCCACUCUACUCUCUGGUAUUCAUCUUUGGUUUUGUGGGGAACAUGUUGGUCUUCCUCAUCCUGCUAAACUUCAAAAAGCUAAAGAGCAUGACUGACAUCUACCUGUUCAACCUGGCCAUCUCUGACCUGCUCUUCCUGCUCACUCUCCCAUUCUGGGCUCACUAUGCUGCAAAUGAGUGGGUCUUUGGGAAUAUAAUGUGUAAAUUACUCACAGGACUCUAUCACGUUGGUUAUUUUGGUGGAAUCUUCUUCAUUAUCCUCCUGACAAUUGAUCGAUACUUGGCCAUUGUCCAUGCUGUGUUUGCUCUGAAAGCCAGGACAGUCACCUUUGGGGUGAUGACAAGUGGAGUCACUUGGGUGGUGGCUGUGUUUACUUCACUCCCAGAAAUAAUCUUCACCAAAUCUCAAAAAGAAGGUAUUCAUCAUACAUGUAGUCCUCAUUUUCCACACAGCCGAUAUCAUUUCUGGAAGAGUUUCCAAACAUUAAAGAUGGUCAUCUUGAGUCUGGUCCUGCCCCUACUGGUCAUGGUCAUCUGCUACUCGGGAAUCCUCCACACCCUCUUUCACUGUAGAAAUGAGAAGAGGCACAAGGCUGUGAGGCUCAUCUUUGCCAUCAUGAUUAUCUACUUUAUUUUCUGGACUCCCUACAACAUUGUCCUUCUUCUGCACACCUUCCAGGAAUUCUUUGGACUGAAUAAUUGCAGUAGUUCUAAUAGACUAGACCAGGCCAUGCAGGUGACAGAGACUCUUGGAAUGACACACUGCUGCAUCAACCCUGUCAUCUAUGCCUUUGUUGGAGAGAAGUUCCGGAAUUAUCUCUCGGUGGUCUUUCAAAAACAUAUUGUCAAGCGUUUUUACAAGCACUAUCCAAUCAUCCAGCAAGACAAUCUUGAUCGUAUAAAUUCAGUCCAUACCUGGUCCACAGGGGAGCCGGAUGUUUCUACUGGUUUAUGACCUGGGUUGAGUUUUGUAUAUCACUUAGUUUUGUAUGUAACUUGGGAGUAGAAAUGGUUUUUUAAAAAAGAAGUUAAAUCAUAGAGGGCCUAAGAUGCAUGCAUGUUUGGAUAUUUAUUUUAGAUCGAUAGGGCCUUUUAAAGCCUAUUGGUUUUAGAAAGCCAAAUGAGAAUGUAUCAAUGAGAUAGUGAUAACUGGCCUCAUUUCCACUCACCUCCAGUUGUGGCAAACUCUUUUUUAGCCACAAAAAUUCACUAUAAAAUAAUCCCAAGAAUUGGGAGAUUUUUAAGCUUGACUAUCUGAACAGAAAUAACAUCAAUCAAGAAGAAUGCCUUAUACAGUUUUUCUCCUAUACAAGGCAAAAAUUUAGGCUCUAAGUGUACUUAAAAUAGAUCUUUGUCUUGCCUUGAGAAGAAAAGAUGAGAGUGUGAUCAGUUAGAAAAUAUAUAACUAAGCUCUAUGAAUUAGUUCCAUAGACUUGUAUGAUCAGGUAAAUACUCUGUGGCCUGGGGGUAGGGAGUGGGAACGAAUCUUUUUAUAAGAAGGGAUUUGAACUGGAUCAUAUGUUAGUAAAUGAGAGAGGGAAGUCAUUCUUUGGGUGGCAAGACUACACUAGCAAAACAAUGUAGACCUGUGGCUAUUUGGAAAGGCCAUGGAGAGAGAGUCAAGGCUGGAUAACAAUGCACCAUGUCAGCACUGCUCCUUCAGAGUUAUCCAUAGUGGAAGCACAUGGACAGGUCUGUACAAAGCUUAUUUCAUGGCUUUGGUGAGCAUUCAGGUAAAGUAGAUCAGCAGCAGUCAGUUCAGAGUGAGAUUAGGCCACUUUGGCUAGACAGUGGGGAAGCAUCACUUUGGCAUAUAGGACCUAGAGUCAGCAGAAUUUUGGGUAAAUUGGAGGUAGAGGUGAAAGAGAACCUUUAGACUCAAGCAGUUUGGAAUAACCAUAGAAUAAAUAACAAAUACAAGAGUACAGUAAAGAGUCUGGCCUACGAGGGUAGUCUCAUUUUAAAGCCCGUAGCCUCAGCUUGUAUUUUGUACCUGACCUUCAGACCCAAAUUUUGCCAUACCAGCUUUGAAUCUUAGGUGUAACCAGAGGAAUUAUGAAUCAUGAGCCUAAAGUCUAGAAAUAAUACAGAUUCCUUGUGGAUUCAGCUAAGGGUUGCUUAUAUAAUUUGAACCCAGAGCUUUACAACUUUAAGCAGAGGCCCUAAGAUAUGAGGGAAGAGCAUCAAUUUUCUCUAUUUACCUAACAAUCAGCAAAACUGAGAGAAACAAUUUGCUGUGAGCUUCAGAAGUCAAGAAAGUGUAAUUACCACCCUCUGUGCUCCAGGCUAAGAGUGAAGGCUUCAGUUAUUCUUUACAGAUGGCUUCUCCACACAAACAAUGCUAAAUUUAUCCAUUGCAGAGAGGUUUGGGAUUUUUUGUUGUUUUUGCAGUUGUUAUUUAUGAUAUUGUUUUGAAUUUUGGAGCAGUUAAGAUCUUUACAGUGAAGACUAAGGGGAGAAACAAAAGGAUGAGAAUCAUUCAAAGGAUUAAAGUGUCUGGCUAACAAAAGGUGUUACUUGUUUUUCUCAAGCUCUUAGUGUGAAACCAGAGGCUUGUGGCUGUCAGCAGGAAGUGAGCAUUUGCUUUUUUCUUUCCUGAGAUCCACAUUUUCUCCUCCAAUAUAUAGCUGAGACUAGACUCAAAUUUAUGCUCCUCCUUCCUACAUCUCAAGCACUGAGAUUACAGGUGUAUAUGAACACAUCCAGCUCUGUAUUUUUAUAUUCUUAAGCAUAUAGAAAGUUGUAAAUUCUUUGAAGAUGAGACUUAUAAAAAUGCCUUUUAAAAAUAA